AUGGCAACGCCCCUGUCCAACAGCCCCUCCUAUGGCAACGCCCCUGUCCAACAGCCCCUCCUAUGGCAACGCCCCUGUCCAACAGCCCCUCCUAUGGCAACGCCCCUGUCCAACAGCCCCUCCUAUUGCAACGCCCCUGUCCAACAGCCCCUCCUAUGGCAACGCCCCUGUCCAACAGCCCCUCCUAUGGCAACGCCCCUGUCCAACAGCCCCUCCUAUGGCAACGCCCCUGUCCAACAGCCCCUCCUAUUGCAACGCCCCUGUCCAACAGCCCCUCCUAUGGCAACGUCCCUGUCCAACAGCCCCUCCUAUUGCAACGCCCCUGUCCAACAGCCCCUCCUAUUGCAACGCCCCUGUCCAACAGCCCCUCCUAUUGCAACGCCCCUGUCCAACAGCCCCUCCUAUUGCAACGCCCCUGUCCAACAGCCCCUCCUAUUGCAACGCCCCUGUCCAUCAGCCCCUCCUAUUGCCAUGCCCCUGUCCAAUAGCUCCUCCUAUGGCAAUGCCCCUGUCCAACAGCCCCUCUUAUGGCAACGCUCCUGUCCAACAGCCCCUCCUAUGGCAACGUCCCUGUCCAACAGCCCCUCCUAUUGCAACGCCCCUGUCCAACAGCCCCUCCUAUGGCAACGUCCCUGUCCAACAGCCCCUCCUAUUGCAACGCCCCUGUCCAACAGCCCCUCCUAUGGCAACGUCCCUGUCCAACAGCCCCUCCUAUUGCAACACCCCUGUCCAACAGCCCCUCCUAUGGCAAAAACCCUGUCCAACAGCCCUCCUAUGGCAACGCCCCUGUCCAACAGCCCCUCCUAUGGCAACCCCCCCUGUCCCACAGCAUUUCCUCUGGGGACCCCGUCCCCCCCAUCCCUCCGUCCCACAGCCUCUCCUCUGGGGACCCCGUCCCCCCUCCGUCCCACAGCCUCUCCUCUGGGGACACCCCUGAACACCAUAGUCCUCCAGUGCUCACUGAGUCCCCUCUGCUGCUCACCCACCCUCCCCCUCCCAUUCUGUGCAUGA